CCCCUCGCGGCGGCAGAUGAGUGUGGGGUCAGCCCACAGCGAGGACUAUGGUGAAAUUCCCGGCGCUCACGCACUACUGGCCCCUGAUCCGCUUCCUCGUGCCCCUGGGCAUCACCAACAUCGCCAUCGACUUCGGGGAGCAGGCCUUGAACCGGGGGAUUGCCGCUGUAAAGGAAGAUGCGGUUGAAAUGCUGGCCAGCUACGGGCUGGCAUACUCCCUAAUGAAGUUCUUCACGGGGCCCAUGAGUGACUUUAAAAAUGUGGGCCUGGUGUUCGUGAACAGCAAGCGUGACCGGACCAAGGCCGUCCUGUGCAUGGUGGUGGCCGGAGCCAUCGCUGCCGUCUUCCACACGCUGAUAGCAUACAGCGACUUAGGCUACUACAUCAUCAACAAGCUGCACCACGUGGAUGAGUCAGUGGGGAGUAAGACAAGAAGGGCCUUCCUGUACCUCGCUGCCUUCCCCUUCAUGGAUGCCAUGGCGUGGACCCAUGCUGGCAUCCUCUUAAAACACAAAUACAGUUUCCUGGUGGGAUGUGCCUCAAUUUCAGAUGUCAUUGCUCAGGUCGUUUUCGUAGCCAUUCUGCUGCACAGUCACCUGGAAUGCAGAGAGCCUCUGCUGAUUCCAAUCCUGUCCCUGUACAUGGGUGCCCUCGUCCGCUGUACCACCCUGUGCCUGGGUUACUACAGGAACAUUCACGACAUCAUCCCCGAUCACAGCGGGCCGGAGCUGGGGGGAGAUGCCACGAUCAGGAAGAUGCUGAGCUUCUGGUGGCCGCUGGCUCUCAUCCUGGCCACGCAGAGGAUCAGCCGGCCCAUCGUCAACCUCUUCGUGUCCCGAGACCUCGGAGGCAGUUCUGCAGCGACGGAGGCGGUGGCGAUUUUGACAGCGACGUACCCUGUGGGGCACAUGCCAUACGGCUGGUUGACGGAGAUCCGCGCCGUCUAUCCCGCUUUUGACAAGAACAAUCCAAGCAACAAGAUGGUGAGUUCCAGCAGCACCGUGACCGCAGCCCACAUCAAGAAGUUCACCUUCAUCUGCAUGGCCUUGUCACUGACGCUCUGCUUUGUCAUGUUCUGGACCCCCAACGUGUCUGAGAAGAUCCUGAUCGACAUCAUCGGAGUGGACUUCGCCUUCGCAGAGCUCUGCGUGGUCCCCCUACGCAUCUUCUCCUUCUUCCCAGUCCCAGUCACCGUGAGGGCCCACCUGACCGGCUGGCUUAUGACACUGAAGAAGACCUUCGUCCUGGCCCCCAGCUCUGUGCUGCGGAUCAUCGUCCUCAUCACCAGCCUCCUGGUCCUGCCCUACCUGGGAGUCCACGGGGCCACUCUAGGGGUGGGCUCCCUCCUCGCAGGCUUCGUGGGCGAGUCCACUAUGGUCGCCAUAGCUGCCUGCUACGUCUACCGGAAACAGAAGAAGAAGAUGGAGAACGAGUCGGCCGUGGAGGGGGAAGACUCCGCCAUGACAGACAUGCCCCAGGUCGAGGAGGUGACGGACAUUGUGGAGAUGCGGGAGGAGAAGGAGUAGGCCGGACACCC